AGAUAUGUUUAGAAUAAAAUAAAAUAAGUAAAAAGUGCCACCUAAUUAGAUUUGUGUUAAAUGUUUGUCAACAUUUUAUAAUCAAAAAUUUUCAUAAAAACGCUAAUAAAGUUGCUAAAAGUUUUAAUAGUUAAGGAAUUUCUUUAUUGUUAUUGAAGUGUCGCAUAGGUUCACAAACAAGUCGAAGCGCAUUCAACUUUAUUUGCAAAAUUUACUAAUUUAAAGACUAAGCGCUGCAGUCAUGAGUAAAAAUGGACACAGCAAUGCGGGCUUUGUUAGCGAACAUGUGGACAGCAAGAAGCCGCCAAGUAAUUGCUAUUCCCUUGAGAUGGCCGAAAAUGGUGCUACCAAGUCAGCGAUUAUAGCCAAAGAUCCCGACUACAAUCCCUACGAGAAUCGCGAGGUGGAGCAUCCUACAACCAACUAUGAAACGCUUUUUCAUCUGCUCAAAGGUUCGCUGGGAACGGGUAUUUUGGCCAUGCCCAACGCCUUUAAAAAUGCUGGCUACCUAACCGGUUCCAUAGGCACCAUAGUCAUAGGCUUUAUAUGCACUUACUGCAUCCACCAACUGGUCAAGGCGGAGUUCGAACUUUGCCGACGCAAAAAGAUUCCCAGCAUGAAUUAUCCGGCCGUUGCAGAGACAGCCAUGGGUGAGGGUCCAAAACUAUUCAGAAAUUGCGCACCCUACAUUGGCACAGUGGUCAACACCUUCCUCCUAAUCUAUCAGCUGGGCACUUGUUGUGUAUAUGUGGUGUUUGUGGCGUCCAACAUCAAGUCCAUUGUGGAUGCGGUUUAUGAAACCAACGUUGAUGUGCGGCUCUGCAUGAUCAUCAUACUGCUGCCAUUGAUCCUUAUCAACUGGGUGCGAAAUCUCAAGUAUUUGGCACCCUUUUCUACGCUGGCCAAUGCCAUUACGAUGGUCUCCUUUGGCAUUAUCUGCUACUACAUUUUCCGUGAGCCUCUGGAUACUGACGGCAAGGAGGCUUUGGGACGGCCCCAGGACUUUCCUCUUUUCUUUGGCACUGUGCUGUUCGCCCUGGAAGCCAUUGGUGUCAUCUUGCCGCUAGAGAACGAAAUGAAAACACCGAAGAGAUUUGGCGGUUCAUGUGGUGUGCUCAAUGUCUCCAUGAUUCUUAUCGUCUUCCUGUAUGUGGGUAUGGGUCUGUUUGGCUAUUUGAAAUAUGGAGGCGAUGUGCUGGGCUCCAUAACGCUCAACCUACCGGCCAAUGACAUCCUGGCCCAGUGUGUGAAGGGCAUGUUGGCGUUUGCCAUUUACAUAACUCAUGGCCUGGCCUGUUAUGUUGCCAUCGACAUUACCUGGAACGAUUAUGUGUGUAAGAGAUUGAGCGCACAAAGCAACAAACUCUUUUGGGAAUAUGCAGUGCGCACAGCUCUUGUUUUGGUCACCUUCUUGCUCGCCGUUGCUAUACCUAACCUGGAACUCUUUAUUUCGCUUUUUGGUGCACUUUGUCUGUCUGCCUUGGGGCUGGCAUUCCCAGCGCUCAUUCAAAUCAGCACACAUUGGUAUCACUCGAAGGGCUUGAGAAAGGCAUGGUUGCUAUUAAGCAACUUCGUGCUGAUUAUUGUGGGCAUUCUGGGUCUUGUUAUUGGCACAUACACUUCGCUGAAAGAGAUUGUCAUCACCUUCUCGGAAUAAUUGAUCAACUAUCUGUUGGUUGUUAUUAUUCAUACUCUUUGUUUAUAUCUCUUUGAGUUCGUACCACUCAUUGCAAUGGUUAUUAUGUUAUUUGCAAGAGCAAACUAUCAUCUUAGAGACAAAUUAGGCGAUAGAAAUGAAUCGAAACUAGUAAAUAUCCUUAAACAUUCUUAGCGUGUGUAACAAAUGGGCCAAAAGCACAGAAAUAUUAUUUGUGUAGAGUGCUAAUAUAAGCUAGAGAUGUAUCAGAUUUGUGAUAUUUUCAAACAAGAAACUAAAAACAUUGUGCCCAAAAAUCUUUAUAAAUAUAAACCAUACUAUAACGACAUUAUUUAUAAA